GAUUAGAAGAAGGGCAGGGAAGCACAAACCCUAAACAACCUAAAUCUCUCAAAUUGAAAAGGAAAAGUGAAGGUAAAUUGAUGCAUGAACUAAGAAUGGUGAUUAUCUAAGCAUAUCCAACACCAAGCACAAAGAAGGAGGAAGGCGCAAGUCACUCAAAGGCACAAUCAUCACAAGAUCGCGAUGGCCGAUAGAGUGAACGUGAAUGACGACGAUGAAGCACGCCGAAAUGAAAUAAGAACUAUGGUUGUGGAAGAGGUAAAGAAAGCAAUUGAGGCUAGUAUACCCCGACUAGCUCAGGAAGUCGAGGGGCAAGUAUUAGAGGUAGCUAAUACCAUGGUAACAUCUAAGGUGGAAGAAUUGAAAGAAAUGAUUAGUGAACUGCAAGUGAAGAAAAGCAAACGGAGAUGUACGUACAAAGAGUUCAUGGCAUGUAAUCCCUUACCAUACAAAGGGGAUGUUGAUCCGAUAGCUUGCCAAAGGUGGAUUUCAAGCACUGAAGCCGUGUUUACACGAAGUAGAUGUGAAGUGGAAGAUCAAGUAAUGUUUGCCACGGGCCUCCUACAAUUUCGAGCAAAAGAUUGGUGGGAUGCAUACUCGAAGGAAUUGGGGGAUGAUAAAGUACAGUCGUUAACAUGGCAAGAAUUCAAGGAGUCAUUCCUGAAAUAUUAUAGUCCACAAUCCGCAAUUGAUAAGAUUCAGGAAGACUUCUUGCGUCUCAGACAGAAGGAUGAAACGAUUGACGAGAUAACAAACAAGUUCCUUGAAAGGGUGAAGUUCUGUGAGGAGAUAGCGGGGACGGAGAGGCAAAGGAUUGUACGUUACCAUGCUAUGCUAAAGGCCGAAUAUCGGGAAUUUGUAAAUCCCUCCAAGUGUGCAACGCUGAAUGAACUAAUUGAUUGGGCAAGAGACAGAGAAAUUGAAAUAAAAAGGCAGGUUGAACGGGGAGAGAAAAGGGUAGCGGAGAAGCCUACCAACGCAAGCCCAUCGAAAAAGGCAAGACACCAAGAUCAAAGCAAGAAAGGGAAAGCAAGUGGUGAAAUCCCGACCUGCAAGACGUGUGGGAAGCAUCAUUCGGGUGAAUGUUUGUCGGGAAAGAAGGGGUGCUACAAAUGUGGGCGAGAAGGACAUCCGUUUUAUAGGUGCCCAGAAAACUCAAAGGCGUGUUACAAUUGCAAUGAACCGGGGCACAUUAAAGCGGAAUGUCCGAAACUCCAACAAGGGGCAAAGAGAGAUGGAAAGAAGGACGAGCCCCCCAAGGCUCGCGGAAGGAUGUUUCAGUUAACCUCGGAUGAAGCUAAAGCUAGCCCGGACGUGGUUUCAGGCACAAAGAAGGAGGAAGGCGCAAGUCACUCGAAGGCACAAUCAUCACAAGAUCGCGGUAAUACGUUGCCACCUCAGAACCCAGGAGAUUCAUGGCGUUAUCACUAUGACACGUUGUGGGAUUCCUUUGAUGUAAUGGAAGAACCUGAAGAUGAAGAAGACUUCUUUGAUGAGUUGGAUAUUCUUAGAAAUUAUGAAUCAUCAGAAGAAAGAUUUCCAGCACAGUAUUCUAGGCAAUCUCAGAAAACUUCAAAUGAUGAUGAAGCAGGUCCUAGUAAUACUGGUGAACAAGAUGAUACUCCAGAGAAUCAGACGACAACAAAUGAUGAUACAACAUCUGAUGUCGGUCCAACUUUUGAUCAUGGGGAUUCUGGAUCUGAGGGGGAGCAAAUCCAGAUCUUAGAUCAAGCAGAUCCUAUCAGUGAAGAAGGUGCAAAUCAAAAUGGACGAGGAAAAGAAAAGGACAAGGGUCAUAAUAUACCUUGUGCACUUGAUACUGAAUCGACAGCUGGUAUUGUUGUAGAAAAGAUGGCAACAUUCUUGAGAGAGAGCAGAAUUGCUAAAGCGAUGUCGGAUAAAACUGUGGUUUAUGAAUCACAUGUUAGAGCAUUCUGGGAUACAACAAGGUUUGAUGAAACAGAUAAAAAGAUUCAUGCUGUAUUAAGAAAGAAGGACAAAAAUGGAAAAGAUAUAGACGUUGAGAUUGAAUUCAGUGUUGCAGAUGUUAGAAGGGUUCUUGAUCUACAAGAUUCUGAUGAUGAUCCGACAAUCAUGUCAGAACGUCUUGUAAAAGGUUUGUGGUGCAGAAUGGGUUUCACGGGGUACAUAAAUGGAAAGAUGUACAAAAGAAGCUUCUCCAAAGCAUAUAGGUACUUGAUGCAUUGUAUGAUGCAUUCUUUGGGUUAUAGAAAGGGUGCCUAUGAUGAGGUUGCUGAUUAUAUCAGGAACAUCAUAGCAAGCUUGGUGUUGAACAAAAAGUACAACAUUUCUCAAGUAAUUUUUGAGUAUAUGAAGGAAAAUUGCCAAGCUAGAGGAGACAACUACAUCAUGUAUCCUAGAUUCAUCAUGAUGAUUUUAAAUGACAAAAUCAAAGAUCUUCCAAAAGACAGUGAUGAUGUGAUGGAGAUAAGCAUUGUAAAUAAGGUCACAAUUGGAAGAAUUACAAAAGAUAAGGAUGUGAAAACCAAGUAG